UGGGACACUUCCACUUGGCAAGUUCAAAUGGGAAAAGAGCGCGGUAAUCUCGCGAAUGGCUGAGUCUACACGACUUGGAGCACCUGAAUUAUCAAGGAGGCUCGGGAGCCGAGGACUCUCAGACAUGGUAACGCUACACUUCAGGCUCAGCUUGUAGCCAGGAACAAAUUCAAAUCAUCGAGACAAAUUAUUUGCCGAAUAAGGAUUCGCCCUGGGAGAUUGAAGAUCAGCUUCGGGAAGUUCCGGGCUUUGGGGGUUCUCGGGUUGGCCAUGCAUUCUACAUGGCCAGAUUAUAGAGGUCCUCAAAGUCGAUGCCCCUCCGCUUAUCUAAGGAAAUGAUGACAAAGAAGUUCAUCCUAAGCACCAACUCGCCUAAAUUGGGGAGAGUCUGAGACCCAGGGCGGAGCGGAACACAGUUUCA